AUGCCAAGAAUAAACUAUGCCUACAAUAGUAAACGGUACCGUUAUGCCUACGGUGUAAGUAAUGAAGGGAUGGUCCUUGACUUUACAACACUUGUCAAGUUAGACGUAAAAACAGGUGAGAAAAAAGUUUGGAUGGACCCUGCAUACUUCGUCUCAGAACCAGUCUUUGUAGCCUCUCCUGAUGGCAAGUCCUCUGGAGUAGAAGAUGAUGGUGUAGUGUUGUCUCUCCUGCUUCACAAGACAAACCCUCGACUUCUUUCAUUUUUAGUUCUAGAUGCACAGAAUUUCAGCCAGAUUGCCAAGGUUGACUUUGAAGCACAAGGGACUGUAACACCUACAUUCCAUGGUCAAUUUGUCAGUUCAUUUGACGAGGUUCAUGGUUAUUAA